ACAUGGACACAGACACAGGCAUGCACCAAAACCAACACAAACAACCAGCACAACAACCACCUCCACAACCAGCACAACAACCAACACAACAACCAGCACAGCAACCAACAGUUCAAAACCCUGCACAACAACAACCACAAACAGAGCAAGGACAUAA